AUGAACCUUGAAGAGUAUUUUGCAAGAACUGGUUAUAAAGGCUCCACUGAAAAACAAGAUUUGGAAACCUUAACCGAUAUAUUCCAGCACCACAUUCGUGCUGUUCCCUUUGAAAACCUCAGCAUCCACUGCGGGGAGGAAAUUACUUUGGAGUUGGAGCACGUUUACAACAAGAUUGUGCGGAGGAAGAGGGGUGGCUGGUGCAUGGAGAACAACCAGCUGCUGUGCUGGGUGCUGAAGGGCCUGGGGUACGACACCAGCUUCCUGGGAGCGUACGUGUUCAACCCCCACCAGAACGCCUACGCCACCCUCAUGACCCACCUCGUGGUAAAGGUUGUCAUCGAUGGCAAAGCCUACAUCGUUGAUGGAGGCUUCGGGGUGUCCUACCAGAUGUGGCAGCCCAUGGAGCUUGUGUCAGGGAAAGACCAGCCCCAGGCUCCCGGCGUCUUCCGCUUCACGGAAAAAAACGGUGUCUGGUACCUGGAGAAAAUGAGACGGAAACAAUACAUCCCCAAUCAGAGCUUCUUCAACUCUGAUCUGCUGGAGAAAAAAGAGUGUCGGAAAGUUUAUAUGUUCAGCCUUGAGCCACGGACAGUGGAAGAUUUCCGUUUCCAAUGCACACACCUCCAGACCUCUCCAGAUUCCCUCUUCACAAAGAAAUCCAUCUGCACCCUCCAGACUACUGAUGGAUUCCGAGCACUAAUUGGGUGGACACUCACUGAGACCACGUACAACUACAAAGAAAACAUGGAUCUGGUGGAAUUUGUAACUCUUGAAGAUGAAGAGGUGGAAAAAACCCUCAAAGAGAAAUUCAACAUCACCCUAGAGAGAAAACUUGUACCCAUUAAUGUUAAAGGAUCUUACACAAUCUAG